AUGGGCCAGCUGCAGCUCUGGCUUGCCAUCCUGGCCGGACUCUCAGGGAUCGUGGCCCAGGAAGACCUGUAUCGGAAGGUGUUCAUCUUCCGGAAGGACCCCAGUGACGCCUAUGUGGUGCUGAGGCCCAAGCUCGGGCAGCCACUGCAGAACUUCACGGUGUGCCUGCGGUCCUACACCGAUCUAACCCGGCCCUACAGCCUCUUCUCCUACGCCACCAAGGCGCAGGACAAUGAGAUCCUCGUCCUCAAGCCCAAGCCCAGUGAGUACCGGUUCUACGUGGGGGGCAAGUUUGUCACCUUCCGUGUCCCCGAGGGCCACAGGGACUGGGAGCACAUCUGCACCAGCUGGGAAUCAGCCACCGGCAUUGCUGAGUUUUGGCUCAACGGGAAGCCCUGGCCCCGCAAGGGGCUGCAGAGGGGCUACACGGUGGGGGCAGAGGCAGCCAUCUUACUGGGGCAGGAGCAGGAUGCCUUCGGGGGUGGCUUCGACGUCUACAACUCCUUCUCGGGUGAGCUGGCCGAUGUCUACUUGUGGGACGUGGGGCUGUCCCCAGACAAGAUGCGAGCUGCCUACCAGUCCCUGCGCCUGCCACCCUCCAUCUUAGGCUGGAGGAGCCUGAGCUACGAAGUGAAGGGCGAUGUGGUGGUGAAACCCCGGCUCCGGGAGGCACUGGGGCCAUGAGAACCGGCUGGAUCCGGGGCUGGGGCGGCCUCAGCCCCGACACUCCCCUCCCCAUCCCAUCAACCUUUCACCUCUACAGCCUGCCAAGAAGAUGCCGUCUGCAUGCCCCAGCCAUGGAG